AACGGGACAAGUUGCAGGUGGCCCUGGCAUGGUCACCGUCGCAGGAGCAUUUAGUAAAUAUCCUCCGACCCAAACACCUUCCAGCUUGAUGUCUUCGUCCAGUCCUGCUCCUGCAACCACGGCGGGAGCAACAGCUCCUCCAACCCUCGCAUCACCAGUACCACCAGUAUCACAUCAAACAUCUUCUACUAUGGUACUAGCACCAGU